AUGCCUGCGGCCGAGCCCUCAGCUGCCGAAUCUCCUUCAACGUCACCAACAGUGACGACACCGUCAUCUCCGACACCCACCAUCACAAUCGUCAACGACCGCAAUGCCGGCUCCCCAGCGGAUAGCAGCGAGAACGAAAAGAGCGGAACAAGUUCCCCCACAGUAUUGGGAGUUGGGCAGGAUGACGUUGAAACCCAGCAAGAGGACCAGCACCAGGGCUAUUCUCUGCCACCGGUCGACACAGGCAAAGACGCAUGGCUGUUCCUGGCAGCCUGCUUCGUGAUGGAGGCCAUGGUAUGGGGCUUUCCCUUUGCAUUCGGCAUCUUCCAAGAGUACUACCGCACCCACGAGCCGUUUGCCGGCUCUACCAAGACGGCCAUUAUAGGAACUUGCGCCAUGGGUAUCAUGUAUCUCGAUGCGCCCCUCGUCUUUGCGUUUGCGCGCAUCUUCCCCAAGGCAGGGCGCUGGCUUCCCACCGUCGGCCUGCUCAUGAUGUGCGCCGCUCUCGCCCUGUCGUCCUUUUCGGAAACGACGACGCACCUCAUCCUCACACAAGGCGCCCUGUACGGCAUUGGCGGCUCAAUCGCCUACAACCCAUGCCUGAUGUACGUGGAUGAGUGGUUUGACCGCCGCAAGGGAUUGGCCUUUGGCCUCAUGUGGUCCGGAACCGGGCUUGGAGGCUUCACCAUCCCGCUGGUGCUCGAGGCCCUACUCGACCGAUACGGCUUUCGAGUCACGCUGCGCAUAUGGGCGAUUGCCCUCUUCGCCUUCACCAUGCCGCUGGUGUACUUUGUCAAGCCGCGUCUGCCGCCGGCCAUGACGGCUCACAUCAAGCCACUCGACUGGGGCUUCAUGAAGAACCGCGUCUUUGCUCUGUACCAGCUGGGCAACGUCAUCGAGGGCCUGGGCUUCUUCCUGCCGGGCAUCUUUCUGCCCACGUACGCGCGAGACGUGCUGGGGGCCAACCCGUUCGCCUCGGCAGCGACUCUGCUGGUGCUCAACGUGGGAUCGGUCGUGGGGCCCAUCGCAAUGGGAACGCUGGUCGACAGACUGCAUGUCACGACGUGCAUCUUGAUUUCCACCGUGGGAGCAGUGUCCGGCGUCUUGCUGCUGUGGGGUCUGGGAUCCAACAUGGGGAUCCUGUACGUCUUCAGCCUCGUCUACGGCAUCUUUGCCGGGUCUUUCACAACGUCGUGGCCGGGCAUCAUGAGACAGGUCAUCAAAAUCGCGACAGCUGCGGACAUGGAGACGACCAGCAUCGAGGAGCGUUCUGGCAGCGUCAGUCCCAGCAGAUAUGAUCCUCUCAUGGUGAUUGGCUUCCUUUCUAUCGGCCGAGGCGUCGGGAAUAUUGCAUCAGGUCCGCUAAGCGAGGCUCUGGUGAAGGGGAUGCCAUGGCAGGGCCAGGCUAUCGGAGGGUACGGCAGCGGAUAUGGGAUUCUGAUUAUCUUUACGGGCACGACGGCGUUGUUUGGAUGCGUGAGCUAUGCUGGGAGAAGGGUUGGGUGGAUGAAUUAG